AUCUUCGCCGCUUAAUUUUCAACCAAUCAGACCUUUAGAACCUAGUCUCCUAACAUUUUCCAGAUAUCAGCGGUUUCCAAGAUGGCGGACAACGUGCUCUGAAAAAGUUACAAGUUUGAAAGUGAAUCUUUCUUUGUGAAGUUUUAUAUGGAUCUUUUUGUGGUAAAUCGGUAUAUGGGAGAUGAUGAAGRUGAAGAUAAGGUGUCAAAAGAAGAGAAGGAAUUGAAAAAAUUAUCUUUGUUGAAGGAACAUAUUGAGAAAAGAAARCGAACAGCAGUCACAUUGGAUGUCAAAGAUCAAGAAGAAACUCCAACUAGCAAGAAAACUAAAAAAGUAAAGCUUAAAGACAAAAAGAGAAAAUCCUCGGUYUCGCACACAGAUGAUACUCAAGAAGAACAGAUUUUGGAAGAACAGAACAGACAAGGAAACACAGAAAUUACUAGCCAAAGUACAAUAACUCAACGAUUAAAAGAUGAAUCUUCACUUGAAGAAAGCAGUUUCACUGUUAUUGGAGGGAAAAAUAAAAAGGAGGAGGCUAAUAAAGUGCUCAAAACCCUUCCAGAGUGGCUUUCAAAGCCAAUGAUCAUUGAAACAGAUUUAAGUGCAAAUCUUUUAUCAGUUGAGAAUCUGAAWUGUCUCACUCCACACACAGUAAAACAGCUCAGGUUUCUUGGAAUUAAGUCAUUGUUUCCUGUGCAGAAAGCUGUAAUACCUGCUGUAUUGGACACUGUACAUCAAGGGUCAUUGYUUUGUCUUGGGGGUGAUAAACCAAGUGAUAUAUGUGUUUCAGCUCCAACAGGAAGUGGCAAAACUCUCUCAUAUGUUGUACCUAUUGUGCAAAUGUUGGCCAGUUACAAAGUUUGUCUCUUACAGGCCUUAAUUUUGUUACCCACCAAAGACCUUGCAUGUCAGGUUAAAGAGGUCUUUGAUGCUUUCAUUGAAGGAACAAGUUUAAAGGUUGGACUUGCAUGUGGGAAUAAAGCUUUUGCAAAGGAACAAGAAAGUUUGAUUGGACAAAGGUUUGGCAGUUCCAGUCGUGUAAAUAUACUUGUUGCAACRCCWGGACGUCUAGUGGAACAUYUGUCAUCUACUCCACACUUCACCCUUCAACACCUAAGAUUUCUUGUCAUUGAUGAGGCAGAUCGCUUGCUCGAUCAAUCUUAUCAUGACUGGCUGAAUAGAGUGCUAAAAGUGACCUAUGAGUUUCAACAGGAAAUUAAAGAUCCAAGGACAAGUCUAAUGAGUAAUGAGAGUAUCAUGAUGAAUCUACAUACAAGAAGAGAGCCACCAAGUGCAUCAACUCCAGCAGAAUUUUCAAAGCUUCACUUUCCCCUCCAAAAACUUUUGUUCUCAGCAACCAUGACUAACAGUCCAGAAAAACUYGCUUUGCUGAACUUGUACAACCCUAAGUUAUUUAUUGCAUCUCAGUCAUCAGUAGAGCAGUCUGAAUCUGGUACUAUCACAGGUAGGAAAAUGAUCAGUCGCUACACUGUCCCUCAUGGUCUGCUGGAGUACAUGGUUAUCUGUAACAGUGGUGAAAAGCCACUAAURCUUCUCUAUCUUAUGACACAAAUGAGUCUCUCUGGUGUUCUUUGCUUUACAUCAUCACUUGAAGCAACCCACAGGCUGUUUCUUCUUGUCAGUCAUUUUGGUAGCAUCACUGUUGCUGAAUACUCGUCCAGUUUGAAUGCUCAGCAGCGUCAUGGAGUGCUGCGAGACUUUAGGCAGGGUCAGAUACAACUGUUGAUUUGUUCUGAUGCGAUGGCUAGAGGAAUGGAUAUCGAUAACGUAUCAUAUGUAAUUAGUUACGACACUCCCAAGCAUGUCAAGUCAUAUAUCCACAGGGUCGGAAGAACUGCUAGAGCAGGAAACGAAGGAACUGCCUACACUUUGCUAUACUCUGAACAAGUACACCACUUCAAGGAACUUAUUAGAAAGACUGGCCGUGAUAAGAUACCAAAGCAUACAGUUAAAGAUACUGAGCUACAGCCAUUGGUAGAUAGAUAUCAAACUGCAUUGCAGUUGCUUGAACAAACAGUGGUGAACGAGAAGGGCUCAGUUGAACAAGGAAUGAGACGAAAGGGUCAGGAAGUUGUAUAACAAUUGUUUAAAUUUGUAUCAAGAAAAUUAUAUUCUUUAAUGGAAUUGUAUUUUACAAAAAGAAAUUAAAAUAUUAUGUUUUCAGCAUU